AGCUGGCGACCAAGGUGAACCCAGAACGGUUCCCACCUUAAAAUCGGCCCUGCUCGUGACGUCAGGUCGGAAAUAUACCAAAGCGAGAGCCGGCCAGGAGUCCAGGGAGCGCGGCGGCGCGACGAUUGGGCGGCGGGCCGCUGACGCGCGCUGACGCGCGGAGACUUUAGGUGCAUGUUGGCAGCGGCAGCGCGAGCCACAUAAACAAAGGCACAUUGGCGGCCAGGGCCAGUCCGCCCGGCGGCUCGCGCUCGGCUCCGCGGUCCUGCUCCCCUGCACAGCCGGCCGCCUCCUCCUGCUCUCUCCCCGCUCCUGGCGACUUGGUUACCAUCGCCCCUCUCGCCCACCCCUCUCAGACCCUGCUACCAGGACUCCCAGAGGAAACUACACUUCGGCUGAGUUGAAUGAAUGAAGAGAGACGCGGAGAACUCCUGAGGAGGAGAUCCGACAGGCUGGACUCCCCAUUGCUUUUCUAAAAAUCUUGGAACUUUGUCCUUCGUUGAAUUACGACACUGUCCACCUUUAAUUUCCUCGAAAACGCCUGUAAUUCGGCUGAAGCCAUGCCUUGUGUUCAGGCGCAGUAUGGGUCCUCGCCUCAAGGAGCCAGCCCCGCUUCUCAGAGCUACAGUUACCACUCUUCGGGAGAAUACAGCUCCGAUUUCUUAACUCCAGAGUUUGUCAAGUUUAGCAUGGACCUCACCAACACUGAAAUCACUGCCACCACUUCUCUCCCCAGCUUCAGUACCUUUAUGGACAACUACAGCACAGGCUACGACGUCAAGCCACCUUGCUUGUACCAAAUGCCCCUGUCCGGACAGCAGUCCUCCAUUAAGGUAGAAGACAUUCAGAUGCACAACUACCAGCAGCACAGCCACCUGCCCCCCCAGUCCGAGGAGAUGAUGCCGCAUUCCGGGUCGGUUUACUACAAGCCCUCCUCGCCCCCGACGCCCACCACCCCGGGCUUCCAAGUGCAGCACAGCCCCAUGUGGGACGACCCAGGCUCUCUCCACAACUUCCAUCAGAACUACGUGGCCACCACGCACAUGAUCGAGCAGAGGAAAACGCCCGUCUCCCGCCUCUCCCUCUUCUCAUUUAAGCAAUCGCCUCCCGGCACCCCCGUGUCUAGCUGCCAGAUGCGCUUCGACGGGCCCCUGCACGUCCCCAUGAACCCGGAGCAGGCAGGCAGCCACCACGUGGUGGACGGGCAGACCUUCGCUGUGCCCAACCCCAUCCGAAAGCCUGCGUCCAUGGGCUUCCCAGGCCUGCAGAUCGGCCACGCGUCGCAGCUGCUGGACACGCAGGUGCCCUCGCCACCGUCGCGGGGCUCGCCCUCCAACGAGGGAUUGUGCGCCGUGUGUGGCGACAACGCGGCCUGCCAACACUAUGGCGUGCGCACCUGUGAGGGCUGCAAAGGUUUCUUUAAGCGCACGGUACAAAAAAACGCAAAAUACGUGUGUUUAGCAAAUAAAAACUGCCCAGUGGACAAGCGGCGCCGGAAUCGCUGUCAGUAUUGCCGAUUUCAGAAGUGCCUGGCUGUUGGGAUGGUCAAAGAAGUGGUUCGCACGGACAGUUUAAAAGGCCGGAGAGGUCGUUUGCCCUCGAAACCGAAGAGCCCACAGGAGCCCUCUCCCCCCUCGCCCCCGGUGAGUCUGAUCAGUGCCCUUGUCAGGGCCCAUGUCGACUCCAACCCGGCUAUGACCAGCCUGGACUAUUCCAGGUUCCAGGCGAACCCUGACUAUCAGAUGAGUGGAGAUGACACCCAGCAUAUCCAGCAGUUCUAUGAUCUCCUGACUGGCUCCAUGGAGAUCAUCAGGGGCUGGGCUGAGAAGAUCCCAGGCUUCGCUGACCUGCCCAAAGCCGACCAAGACCUGCUUUUUGAAUCAGCUUUCUUAGAACUGUUUGUGCUUCGAUUAGCGUACAGGUCCAACCCAGUGGAGGGUAAACUCAUCUUUUGCAAUGGGGUGGUCUUGCACAGGUUGCAAUGCGUUCGUGGCUUUGGGGAAUGGAUUGAUUCCAUUGUUGAAUUCUCCUCCAACUUGCAGAAUAUGAACAUCGACAUUUCUGCCUUCUCCUGCAUUGCUGCCCUGGCUAUGGUCACAGAGAGACACGGGCUCAAGGAACCCAAGAGAGUGGAAGAACUGCAAAACAAGAUUGUAAAUUGUCUCAAAGACCAUGUGACUUUCAAUAAUGGGGGGUUGAACCGCCCCAACUAUUUGUCCAAACUAUUGGGGAAGCUCCCAGAACUCCGUACUCUUUGCACACAGGGGCUACAGCGCAUUUUCUACCUGAAACUAGAAGACUUGGUACCACCGCCAGCAAUAAUUGACAAACUUUUCCUGGACACUUUACCUUUCUAAGACCUUCUCCCAUGCACUUCAAAGGAACUGGAAAGAAACCUAAAACUAUCUAGAGGGGGGAAGUCAUAAGGCAGAGAUAUCCCCAUGAGCUGCCUCAGCUCUAGCCGGCCCCCACUCCCUCCACAAAAUCCCAGUCCCUUAAUCCCUAAAGAAACAAAACAAAACAACAAAAACUGUUGCUAUUUCCUAACCUGCAGGCAGAACCUAAAAGGGCAUUUUGGCUCCGGGGCAUCCUGGAUUUAGAACAUGGACUACAUACAAUACAGUGGUAUAAACUUUUUAUUAUCAGUUUAAAAAUCAGUUUAUUGUUCAGAAGAAAGAUUCCUAAUGUAUGAUGGGGGAAAUGAUGUUUGGCCAUGUUUGGUUGUUGCAGUUAAGACAAAUGUAAUACAUACACACACACACACACACAC